UGGGGAGCGUAACAGGGCGGGGCGAGGGCUUGCCUCCCCGCCCGCUGGGUCGGGCUAACGGCUUCCGGUCCCGAUGUCUGGGAGGGGCCGGGGAGAGGCGGUGCCCCGCAGCCGCUCCAAGAUGAUGGGCUGCGAGGAAUCAGAGCUGAAGUCGGGAGAAGGGGAGGCGGUCGUAGCGGCCCCGGGGCCACCCCCGGAACCCCGCGCCCCGGAGCCCGGAGCCCCCGUGCCCGAGCCAGGCCUGGAUCUCAGCCUGAGCCUGAGCCCGAGCCCGCGGUCCGAGAGCCCCGAGCCGCCGAACUGCAGCCCGGGGCGGGGGAAGGGGCGGGCAAACCGGCGGGGCGGGGCCCGCAAGGAGCGGCAGGUCCGUUUCCGCCUGGCGCCACCCUCCCCGGUCCGGGCCCAGCCGCUGCCCGUCCCUGCCGCACCGGGCGAGAAGCCCGCGGCGUCGCAGGACCUGGGUGCGCCCGCGUCGCACAGCAGCCUGGCUCUGAGCCUCGAGCUGCAGGCCGCGCGGGCCGCAGCCGCGGGCCAGUUCGACGCCGCGAAGGCGGUGGAGGAACAGCUGAGAAAGUCGUUCCAGACCCGCUGUGCCCUGGAGGAGAGCGUGGCCGAGGGUGAGGGGGGGGCAGCUGGCAGGCCGGGCGCGGGAGUUGGGGUGAGAGGCGCGGCUCACCUCCGCUCCCCCUGCGUCUCAGGACUGAACGUGCCGCGCUCCAAGCGGCUUUUCCGCGACCUGGUGAGCCUGCAGGUGCCCGAGGAGCAGGUUCUGAGCGCGGCGCUGAGGGAGAGGCUGGCGCUCCUGCCCCCGCAGGCCCGAGCCCCGCCUCCGAAGGAGCCCCCUGGGCCAGGGCCGGACAUGACGAUGCUGUGUGACCCAGAAACGUUAUUUUAUGAAUUUCCACACCUGACCCUGGACAGUCUGCCCGCUCUCCGCCUUCAGCCCCGGCCCCGCCCUUCGGAGGAUACCUUCCUCAUGCAUCGAACGCUAAGGCGAUGGGAAGUGUAGACCAGGAGGCGCCCGGAAUUGCUUGUAUUUUUUUGUUGAAAGUAACAUAAUAAAGUGGUUUUGCUAACAA